GAAGAGAAUAUGGGAAAGAACCAAAAGCUUCUCUGCCACAGUCUGUAAAGUUUUCAUUCAAGUUGGCCUACAAAAACCUUGGUCCUGGCAUCCAUUGUUGCCAACCCUUUUGUAUCACCCAAGUUUCAAUUCAGCUUUCAGCUUUCAGUUUUUUUUUUUUUUUUUUCAAUGGCAAACUCCAUUUUCAGAUCAGAUUAUCAAAGCAAAGCUUUCCAUGUAUUAGGGCUCUUUUGUUUCAUGCUGCUGAUGAUUCAGGAGGUUUAUGCAAGAGAAUUCACAGUGAACUGGGGUCUUCACAAUGGCAACAAUGCUGAAACUUACAACCAGUGGGCAGAAAAAAACAGAUUUCAGAUUGGAGACUCCCUUUUGUUCAUCUACACACCAAACAAAGAUUCAGUGCUUCAUGUAACAAUGGAGGACUACAACAACUGCAGAGUAGAAGAACCAAUCUCAAACUACACAGAUGGACACAGUGUUUUCACAUUGAGCCAUUCAGGGCCUUUCUACUUCAUCAGUGGAAAGCAAGAGAACUGUCAAAAGAAUGAGAAGUUGGUGGUUGUUGUCUUGGCUGAUAGAAGCAACCGUUCUUCAAGCAUCGCAGAAACCAACCCUAAUUCAUCAAAUACAGUCUCUUCAGUCUUCAUUGGUGUGGCUGCUUCUGCUGCAGCAUUUGUUGCUUCAACUUUUCUUUUAGGGUUUUAAAGGGAAGAUUUCCAUCAUGAAUU